UUCUACUAAAAGGAAAAGCGUUGCUCAUUGAUUUGACUCUUACCUGAAAAUUGGUUUCAAUAUUUUGUUAGCAAAGUACAAUUUUCUGUUCAUUCAAUUUGAGUAAAUAUCCCUUUUGAUUUGCCUAUGUUUACAGUUGCCUAUUGGAUACAUCAAAAAAAAUCUGGAACCUAUUUGGUACACAUUUUAAUGCAUUGUUUUUUUAGAAUAUAAAAAUAUUGCAACAACAUAGUCUUCACUAUGCUCUCAACAAGAGAACUAUGGAACGUAAUCAGUGGAAGGUCAUCCCUUUCAGAUCCUACUUCGAUUGGUGAGGAACUCAACAGAUUUAAACCUUUGUUAGAAAAUGGAAUUGAUUUUUAUAAAACCCCGAAUCCUUCAUCUUUGAAUAAAUUAAAAUCAACUGAGUCAGUCAAAAGGAAGGAGUUCAUUCUGAAAUUAAGUCAGUUUCUUGAUCUUGACGAAUGGCAAACACACGAACUUUUUCAAAAUUAUUUACGAAUCGACUUCAGAGGUUCUGGCCCUCAACUACAGGCUAUUUUAAAACAUGAUGCACAAUUAGAUGGAUUUCUAUUAAAGGUACUUGAAUUUUACAUGAAAGAGAGAAGUUACUUGCUGAGAUGUAUCAAAUAUUUAAUCUCAUAUUGGCAAGAUGAGACUUGUUUAUACAGAGAAGAAUUUGCUAAAGUUGUUGAUGAUCUGGCAAAUAAGAAUUUCAUACAAAAGAUUAUUAAACAGCUUAAAGAAAAGUUCAGACAUCUUGCAAAUCAUGCUGGCAUCAAGGGGAAUGCAGUUGCUCAAGGAGAAUUUACCAGACAGUAUAUACUAGAGCAGUGUCACUUAGUAGAAAUAGUAUUUCUAUACUAUAAAGAUUUUGAAAUGCCACUUGAGUUGUUCUUGGACUUGGCAAACUUUUUUAGGUGUCAGCAUUUUGGAGUAAGUCAAGUAAAUCGAAAGUUCAUGACUCCGAACACACAACACUUGAUUGAAAGAUUUGGGUAUAUCUCUUCUCUGGUGUUAUUAGAAGGAUUAGAUUUGGAAUUACUUCGAAAAUCAUUUGGUGAGGACGAGAGCUCUGAUGUAAAAGAACAUCAUAUCCUAAAGAACAAUUUUUGGAAGAAAGUUGACGAAUUAUUAUAUUCUUGGGACGAUGUUGCACAUCAAGGACCCGUGUUAAUGGCAUGGACAGUCUUUCGACAUGUGUGUCUUCCACAACAACAACAACAGCUCACGAAAAUGUUCGGUGAUGCUGCUAUCAGAUGUAAUGUGAUCAAUUAUUUACAUAAUCUCUUACUGUAUCCAUUAUUUGAGAAAAAGAACGAUCCACUGGCUGGACUAGUGAAAUCUUUUGUCUACAUUUUAAUGAGUCUAAUGCUGACUAUUUUCCAUGAAGAUACCUUGGGCGAUUACCAGACUUUAAUAUCGAUUUCAUGUAAAAUCUUAUCAGAACCUUCUUUGUCACUGGUGUUUCUUUCUCAAGAUCAAGCAGGUGGUUUAGGUCUGUUGUUGAACUCUACAAAGAAACGUUUUCCUUACCAAGUUACUCCAUACAUUCGCUUACUAGCAAGUUUGUGCACAAGUGAAGAGAGUGCCGAUAUGGUAUUUGAGAUGUUGGAAAAGCAGAAUACGCUGACGGAACUAUUUGGGAAAAAUAACGUUUCUGAGAUAGAAGCUUGUGAGAACAUGUGGAAAAGAAAAAUUGAACGUAUAAUAAUAAAAUAUCAAUCAGACUCCAUCACCUUGGAUGCUGGUGUUUAUGGAAAACUGUUUGCAUACAAACAAGAUAUACGCUUAAUAAGAUGGACUUACUCAUAUUCUGGUUGGUUAUACUUAAUGUUGCAACUUAACGGUAUCAUCGACAAUCCAAUGACGCACACAACAGAUGCAGGAGAAGAUGGGUUACUCGUUGCAAAAUGUAUCGUCGAAAUCACCUCAGAAAUGUUGCAACAUGAUCCCAACAAAAUUGAAGACUUAGAAGCUAUCAUUGCAUCUGUGGUGAAGAUGAUCAGAAGAGUUUCACAGUUGAAAACGCCACCAGUAGAACUGCUAGCGUCCUGUUUAAAGUGUCUUCAAUUUGUUUCACAGCAACUCCCGUUAGAAAUAUGGACUCAACUUUCACACACAAAGUUUCUACCUUCUCACAACACCAGUAUCCUUCAAACCACGACAUCUUCUCAUCUACACCUAGCCACUGGAUUUUAUGGUGUCCUAUUAAACCAGCUUGAAAUGACGAGUGGAGAUUUUGCAGUUACGAGGGAAUAUUUAGGAUUUGUAUUGCAGUGUUUGAAUGGACUCUCUUUGUGCGAAGCAAAAAAAGAUCAAGCAUUAAAUAAACUUCAGUUUGAUGUUGCUGUAAAUAUUGUAUUUAUUAUCAAAGAAGUUUUCGCAAAUUUUGGAAAAUGGAGAUUUGCCACCGUUGAAGACAAAGAAAGAAUUGGUUUAAGAUGUUUAGAAAUAUUCCAUCUUAUAUUGUCACCUGCAUUUAACGACUUUACUUCUGAUAAUGACAGAAACGCACCUUCGUUAAAAUCAUUAGUAUUAGAAGGGCUGCUUUAUCACAACGCUGGAGAAUCAUUACUUUCCAUCGUAAGUGUUGGUGUUGAUACUCUAGAAGAAAUGUUGACCAGCAGUGUCAGUCAAAUGUCAAACAUCAUUCAGCUAGUAAAAUUGUCAUUUGCUGUCAUUAACAGAUUGCUCUAUGAAAGAAAACGGAGUGAGGAUGUAUCGCCUUUGGAAGAUGCUUUCAGACUGCAAUACGUCACACAAGUUUCUGAGCUCGACUUUAUACAGACCACGGAAAAAGUUACAUUACUUUCUCUUAUUGCGAAAUUUAUUUACCAUCGAGAAGAUCCAAAGCUUCCUACAUUAGCAGUGAUUGUGCUUCGAUUACUUGUUGCUAAAUUUCCCUUAAUUUUGACAGCAUGCUUCGGUGAAUCACUUGAAGGGAUACGGAAUGCGUUUGUCAAUCGAUUGAACGGGCGAGUUGAGGCUCUCAGACUAAAAGUUGCGAUAAUCGAGUUUUUAACUACCUGUGUUGAGACGCAACCUGGUAUAAUCGAGUCGUUUACACAAAUAUCGCAAGGAAAGGAUAAGAAAAACACGAUUGGGAAAUUUAGUUGUUUACUUCCCAUACUUGAUGUGUUGCAAGACAAACAGCAAAUCGAUAUUUUAACUUCGUCUGCGUUGGAAUUUCUUGCUGCAAUAUGGAUGAAUAGAUAUGACGUUGCGAUGACGUUGGUUAAGAAGAGCAAAGAUUUUUGGGAUAUUGUCAUCAAUCCUUUGUACGAGUUGCCAAAGUUGAAGGCUAGCAAAUGGAUACUUGAAGUGACCAGUCAUAUUUUGAACAUCGUUGCAUACGAAGCUUACUACGUGAAAAGCGAUCAGUUUGAUGAAGAACUUGAUAAGAAAUUAAGAUCGUUAUCUGACGGGAAAUCCUAUUCGUGUAUUACUCAUUUUCUUCUUCCCAAUACAAAGAUCAACCCCUCCUCACAGCUGCUGCUUGUAAAAUCAUGGCGAAUGUUUCUAUGUGUUAUGUCGAAAACUCAGGAAAGUACCUCUGGUUUGGAGGAUACAGUGGAUCAAAUUUUUCAUGAUCUUAUCAAAGCUAUUGAGGCUUGGUUACCUGUAGAAAGUGUAAAAUUAAAACGGGACAUGAUGGUGGAACUAUCACACUUAUGUUGGAUGUUAUGUCAUAAGUGGAAAAGACUAAUAUCCAACCAGAGAAGUGUGUUGGCUUCACUAGAUAGAAUUUUACGCGAGUGUGAAUCUGUAGAUAAAGUUUUACACACACAAAUACAACAGCAUUUGUAUCUUCUCGCUGUUGUUAUCCUGCAAGAUUAUUCUUCUGACGAUGUGACAACUGCUCAGAAUGAAUUUAUUUCCAUGGCAACGUUAGUUUGCAAAUGGCUGCAGUUUGAUGGCUGUUUACAUUUUGGUGAUCCGGUGACAGAAAAACAAGAUUUAUCCACUCACGUUGUAAGCAUGAGCCUGUUGAACGAGUUGUUGCGAUGUGUCUCCCCGGCGUCCGCAUUCGUAAACGUGUUGAAAGAAAAUGGCGUCGUUUACGGGCUAUUAAAUACUGUUGAUAUUUGUAUACAGAGAAAAACGAACCUGGAUUACGUGGCAGUUGUUUUAUCUUUUCUACUUGACUGUGCUCAAGUACCGGAGACAGCAGAGCAUCUUAUCCAUAGCGGUGUUGGUAAUUUUUUGUCACUCAGCGUGAAGAAGAUUUAUCUGGAUUCUACAGACCAGGUUGACGCCAAUCAGGAACAACUUUUUCGAAUCUGGUCACUGGUUGUUGGAAUCACAUCUCGCUUGUUGAAAGUGUCGAAAUUCGCGUUUCUUCAGUCUUCUAUAGAUUUUAUUGGUACGCAUAAAGAAACGAUUUUUCAGAGCAUGAAUUUAAUCACGCAAUUAGUAAUGGGGGAUAAUUUGCAGACUGCGGAGCAACUUUCUGCGUUAUGCUACGAACUGGCUAUCUAUCAGAACGAUAUCUCAUUUGCUUUGCCAGAAGUGUUUCAGAAUAUAAAGCAUGGUAUAGCACAGAUGGUACGAACCAGUGUUGCCUUGCUGGCCAGGCAGAAAUUGCUGAGUCACUUAGUCGAGUGCAAAGCGGGAGAUAAUAUCGAACAUAUAAUAAAUAGAACAAAAACUCCGAGUCCGACGUCCUUUCGUAGUGACAGUGCAAAGUCGGGUGUUAACAGUGAUGUUUUGGAACAACUUUCGCCCCAUGUUGAACUCGCUCACAACAGGUUAAUAAACAUAUUAUGCAAUUCUGUCGGCACCUUACGACGUUUGACGCCGAAUGUUGUCGAAUCUAUACUAGACGAGGGAAUGGAUAUAGACAGUUUUUCUCCGCUGAUAGAUUUAAGUUUUCAAUCUCCAUCAUUAGACGCAGAACCACCACCAUCAUUUGGUACCCUUGUUUCUUGCUUAAGCACCUGUUUGAAAAUGAUUAAAAGGAUGAGUCAAUGCGAUUCGGAUAGAACGACACCGGACAGAGAUUUUAUUCAGUCACUUACCACUGAUGACGAACGCAGACGAUCUAUAUUAUGGUUUAUUAUUGAUAAUGCUUUGAUAGUGUUAAUCUCACAAGCGUCUUGCUACUUACGUCAUCCAAGUAUCGAGGCGCGACAAAAGCAGUUUUUGAAGAGAGAACUUGGCAGUGAACUUAGCAAUUUUUUGCAUGCUGUUCAACGAUUCCGUUCACGACGUGGUAUUCCGCCAUCUCCGAUAUCAUCCGACAAGUUAGGAAGCAGUAUGUCGGCGACGUACCGACGUUCUCCGAGUAAAUUAUCGACGUCGUUCAGUGAAGAGGAAGAGAAUUCUUUACUUAAAUUAAUCGACGUAUACACGAAAAACUUGCUACGAUAAAUAAUACAUGAAGGGUUGAUUGCAAUAAAACCUUUGUCCGAUGAGAUUAACGAGCUCUAAAAGAAGUAAAGAUUACAAACAUAGUGAAAAAAUUUUAGUUUGUGAAAAAAUGAAACAAGAUUUUGUGUAAACUUUAAGAUGUAUUAUAAUUUUCAAAAAAGUG